GCUGAGAGCCGUGGGUGUGCAAAUACUCCUUUUUUGUAGCGAUGGGCUACCUUACAAUCUGCCACAUCAGUCGAAUCUACAUCUUCCACUACGGAAUUCUCACUACAGAUUUUUCUGGGCCUCUGAUGAUUGUUACUCAGAAGAUCACAACCUUGGCAUUCCAAGUUCAUGACGGAUUAGGUCGAAGGGCUGCAGAUCUUUCCAGCGAACAACAUCGACUUGCUGUAAAAGCAAAACCCUCCUUUUUGGAAUAUGUGAGCUACCUUCUCAACUUCAUGAGUAUCAUAGCAGGCCCUUGUAACAAUUUCAAGGAUUAUAUAGCCUUCAUUGAGGGGAGACACACACACAUGAAGUUGCUGGAAGUCAACUGGAAGGAAAAAGGCUUCCACAGUCUGCCAGAACCUUCUCCCACUGGAGCCGUGAUGCACAAGCUGUGCAUGACCUUGGCAUCUCUCCUUUUGUUUCUGACGCUGACGAAGACCUUCCCUGUCACCUCCCUGGCUGACGACUGGUUUGUUCAUGAAGCAAACUUUCUGACCCGACUCUGCUAUUUAUACGUUGUCAUGCAAGCCUCCAAGCCCAAGUAUUACUUUGCCUGGACAUUAGCUGAUGCAGUGAAUAAUGCAGCUGGCUUUGGGUUCAGCGGAGUGGAUAAGAAUGGAAAUUUCUCUUGGGAUCUGCUUUCUAACCUAAACAUCUGGAAAAUUGAGACUGCCACAAGUUUCAAAAUGUACGUAGAGAACUGGAAUAUUCAGACAGCUACUUGGCUAAAGCGCGUGUGCUACGAGCGGGUUCCCUGGUACCCCACAGUGCUGACCUUCAUCCUGUCUGCAUUAUGGCACGGUGUCUACCCUGGGUACUACUUCACUUUCUUAACUGGAAUCCUUGUCACUCUAGCAGCCAGAACGGUGAGGAAAAACUACAGACAUUACUUCCUUUCUUCAAAAGCCCUCAAGGUUGCUUAUGACAUAGUCACCUGGGCUGCUACUCAGCUGGCCGUCUCUUACACGGUGGCCCCCUUCGUUAUGCUGGCCGUGGAACCCACCAUCAGCUUGUACAAGUCUAUGUACUUUUACUUACACAUCAUCAGUCUCCUGAUCAUUCUAUUCCUGCCAAUCAAAUCGCAAGCUCAUAAUCAAAGGCGGCCUCAGACUCUGAACUCUGUUAAUAAGAAAAAAAUGGAUUGAUACCUCCACCAAAAAAAAAAAAAAUGCUGAACACUUAAGACUGCAAAUCAUUGGACAAAGACUCCACAGUUCUCCAGUGACUUAGAGGCGAUGUUUACAUGCAUUUUUUUUUCUUGUUUUUGUUUUUCAUGUGCAGGGAGUAUUUUUGUAAGCCUUUUUGUACCAUUAAAUCAGCUAUGCCCAGUUGAUUUAAUAUUUUAUAGGACAUUUGAGUGGCAUGGAGGUAUGUGGAGAAAGUGCCAGAACGUGCAGAGACAGUGCAUUCUGGGCAUCUGGGUUUUUGUUUCUCUGGCAUGAUCUCCAGCCACUGAAAUCUGAAUAUUGGGAACCUGAGUGUCUGCUCCUAAAGUGAGAAGGGGAAGCUGAGAUGACUUGUCUUCCAUAAUACACCCAAGAUGGCUGUGCCUUGGGAAGCCCCCAGUCCUUUGACUGGUGACAUUACUGUUCUCAAACACAUUAACUACACUCAGAAGACUUCUGGGGAGGGACUGUGUGAAGGGAGGCCUACAGAAUACUGAAAAGUCGAUGAGCCAAGAUCACCAACCGUGGAUGGACACCUGUAUGGACUUGAAGUCAGGCAUGUGCCCUGAAGGUGGCUGUGUCCCCCCCCCUCCACACACACCCCCCAACGAGGGAUGUAACCCUUCUUUCUUCUGCAAUGAGCCAAGAUUGAAAAUCAGCAAGUCUCCUGUCAGGUACAAAGAGGUCUCAGAGGGGUUACUGUUCCCCAUUGCACAAGUACAUGCCUUCCACUUACCCACACGUGGUCCUGAGAAAACACCCAAAUUUCACACUAUGAAGGCAGGAGGAUACCUUUUUAUAAUUUUUUAAAAAAUAAAGUUACAUUGAAGUUUGGGAAGAAGAGGCAGACAUUUCUCUUCUCUUCCCUCACAUCUUGGGAGUGUUCAUGAUCAUGGCCAUGGUGUUCCCUUGGGCUGGUUUCCAUUUUUCAGUUUCAUAGCUGAUUAAAUUUGACAUUAUUUGAGUUGAAUCAUCCUGCCUGAAAGCGGAAAUUGAAAAACGGUUUUCUUUCCUGUCUUUGUCAUGAAUGUGCUGUGGCUCCUUUGGGAAACUUCUAUGGGGUGAUAUUCUAUGUGGGAAAAGGAAAUGUGGUAUUAAAUGCUAUGGAAAAUAACAAUAAUGACAAUAAAACAUGCUAUCGUGUUGUAUUUUCAAUCAAAAACCUUGGGAGGAGAGGACUUAUUCAAAUAAGAGAGUAAAAAGUUAGUUUCUUACUAAAUGAAUACUGUGUUUCUAUAUAAAGGAAAUAUUUCUGAAAAGCA